AUGAAGGCGGUAGAAAAGCUGCUAGAGCUGACCCAACCCGAGACGGGGGGACAACCCACACCGAGCGAGGGGACGGAACGACUGAAGGAGGAGGUACUCACGUGGGCGGCGUGCGAGAAGGCCAUAAGACGAUUCAAAAAGGGCAAGGCGGUCGGCUCGGACCUACUCGACGGAUACCUACUGCGCAUAGCAACGGAGGACAUUCAAAGAGACUACUGGCGCCUGCUGGUAGAGAUUGUCGAGACAGAAGCGUAUCCGCGGGAAUGGAAUGACUGGAUUGCGAUGCUAGCGAUGAAGCCGGGGGAGGACCCGAAGGAGCUCGAACGAAGGCGCGACCUCUGGUACACGAAGUGCAAUGGAAGGUGGAACAAUGGGCAGGGAUACGAGACGGGCUAUGGACUGAGCGACCGAUUUCCCAUCGAGCAAGGCCUCGGCCAAGGGUGCCUCCUUUCGCCCGCACGCAGCAAGCUCAUGCUGGCCGUGAUGCAGCGAACAGUCAGUAAGCUGUGUAGAGGAUUUGAUUUCACAGCGGCGGGUGAGAGCGUGCCGCAGCUAGUGUACGCCGACGACGGCCUGUUCCUCAGCAACGAUAUAGCCACGAUGCAGCUAGCGCUAGAGUGCGCCUGGUUAGUGACAAAGAUCUGUGGCAACAGCCUCCAGGUCAAAAAGAAGAAGAAAUCGGCAUGGUCAGCGACGUACUGGGAGAACAACGAAGAGCGGGAUGUCGAGGGCUACGAAAUGAGGAUGCCGGAUGGCAUGCCGAUACCACAGCUGAAGGGAGACGAGAGCUACAAAUACCUCGGAACGGAGCUAAGGACCGGGUGGGCAAACGGCGAGGGCCAGACGGAAAUGAGGGAGCGGUGCGUAGCGGACUGCAAGAGAGUAAUCUGGAUCAUAGGCAACCUGCCGCACUUGACAGGAGAGCAGAUCCGACGCAACAUGGCGCUAGCACUGAGCGGCAUUAUCGGCUACUACGGCCGGUCCACGGGGUCAUCACAUGGGAAGACUGCCAGAGCAUCGAACAAGUGA